UGCUAGCGCCAUUCUGGAGGAUUUUUGAACUGUUAUUUAGUGCUGAAAGUAGGACACUUUUUCAAGCUUCUCCCAUAUGAGACGGUUCUCCUUUUACCUCUACCUUCCACAUAAGCGAGAAGUGUCAAAUGUCAAGUCACGAAUGCCUGUGUCAAUCCGCGUCCAGUGUUGCCGUGGUAAAAAACUCAAAACCCACAGAUUGGUUUCGAAAAUUAUAAUUAAAAAAUCCCUAUUAUAGCAAUGCUACAUUUUUCCUACAACGCUGCACUGUGACGCGCUCACUCACACAACGAUAACCAUGAGUAAUCUACGCAUCGCCACACCACUACGACGUCUACGAUCGCUAUUUAAGAGGCCGCAGCGCGCCAGUUAUGACAUUCGAUAGCUAGACGGCAACGAGUGCGAUAGCCCCGCAGUCCACUCGUCUGCCCAAGUUUGAUCUGAGCGGUAGCCCCGCAGCCCUCAGAGAAAGCAUCAGCUAGGAGGUUAAGGAACGCGGUAGCCCCGCAGCCCGUUCCAAGAACCACCCUUAGGAAUUGUACGUUUACCUUACUAUCUACGUAUCCGUGUGUUUUGUAUAAUUUGUUACAUGAACGAAUAAAAUUCCUGUUUACUCAGACAUCAGUUAUUUUAAUUCAUCUGGCAACAACAUAUUGGCGCCCAACGGCAAAAAAAAACUACCAAGGAUCUACCCUCAAUAAAUUGGAUUUGGAUUUGUUGUCUAUUAUCUCAAUAAAUUGGAUUUGGAAUUGUAAUCUACCCACACAAAAUGUCAGAAGAAAAACCUGAACUGAUGGUUAUGACGCAGGAGCAAUUCACGACACUCAUUAACAAGUUGUCAAUUACAUACGAAGGUAGCCAACACAAAAGCAGUUUCACUCGUUGCACAAAAAGGUACGACGGAGAAAGAAAUCAUAAUAAAGUAGAAGAGUUUAUCACAAAUAUUAGUAUCUACAAGAAAAUUGAAAAAAUCACCGACGAAGACGCUCUCGAAGGAUUAACGUUGUUACUAACAGGACAAGCAGCUACGUGGUGGAGUGGCGUCAGAGGUGAGAUAAAAAAGUGGAAUCAAGCUUUAGACGCGAUCAGAAGUGCAUUUGCCCCAAAAAUGCAACCGCAUGAAGUUUACCUGGAAUUGUUUGCGAAGAAGCAAACAAACGAAACUAUUGAUGCAUUCGUUUGUGACAAACGUGCCUUGCUAUCGCAUCUUCCAGCAAAAAGGCACAAGGAAGAAGAGGAACUGGAUUUCGUAUACGGACUCCUCAAUAUCCGCUUCAAAAAAGAAAUUCCUCGCUAUGAGAUCAAAUCGUUCUCAGAGCUA